UAUUAAAAAAAUCAGCAUUCUUUCUUUAUUUUAUUUAUUCGAAUACCUGAACGCGACUUCUACAAGGACAUAUUGAAUUAUAAAAGAUAAAUAAUCACGUUUGAUUCCUUCAGAGUAUAAUUAUUUACCUACUAAAAAUUAACAAGUUAUGUUAAUAAAAAUAGGGAAAAUUUGUAAAAAUAAAUAAGUUCUAAUGUCAUAUAUGUAUGUACUAUGAAAAAAUGGAGCAAAGGACCGAGGAGUUUCUAGUAAAGAGGGUCCAUUAGGCCGUAAACUUCCAUAAGGCUGGGACUAACUUAAAACUAUAGAUCACUCUCGGCAUAAUAUGAAUUUCAACUAUAAAUGCGUAAGACAAAAAUCGACCUAACUGACAAAUCCCAGGAUCUGAUAAGACUUACAUCGGAGGUAUCAGACAUUUCAAAACGACUUAUGCGCAAAGUUACUGCAAUUAAGUAGUGCUUGCCAGUGGAAGACCUCACAGGCAGACCUUUAAAAAGUAUACAACAGAUAGCGCUAAGUAAAUACUUAUUUGACACGUUUGUAUUGGUAAAUAAUACUGAAGUGAAAUAUAAAUAAAAAAGUCAUCAUUAUUAUAAUAUUCACGUGUUUCCUUAUUUUAAGAUAAGGUUACCUUCAUGUGACCCAUACCCAUUUUGAGCUUUUGAUAGGUCCAUUAUGAAAAAACAAAAACAUGGACAUAAACGAAGCAAGCCCAUCCAAAAGACACGAAAAGAAUUGCGUAAAGAGAAACGUCAAGAGAAAAAGAUCAGCAGGGCAAAGUAUUAUCAAAAACAAAUUAAAAUUCCUGGACAGUUUGUAUUAAAUCCUAAUAAAAAGACUGAUGUAACAAUUAAAAAUGAGAAAAAUGAAAAAGUUAGACAAAAUCGACAAAAAGUAGAAUGCGAUCAAGAUAGAAAGAGGAAACAGGAAAGGCUUGAAAGGGAAAUGCAAGCUCAACGAAAAUCUCAAUUAAAAAAAGCAAAUGUUGCAGAGGAUAAAAUUAUUAAACAGUUAGAAAAACAACUCAAAUUAAAUAAGAGAAAAAGUAAAACAGUUCCAAAGUCUUUCGCUUCUGAUGGGUUGGAUUAUAUUUUGGAUUUUUGUGACGAUGAAAAUAGAAAACUGGCUGUGGAAACAGAGAAGCAGUUGACAGGUAUAGAAUCUGGAUCAGAAUUUGAAGAAGACUUUGCAGUAGCUACAGGCACCUAUAGUACUGAAAAUCCAGAAAAUAUGUCAGCGUCUGAAAGUGGUAAUUUCAAAGAUGAGGAAAAUGAUUUAGAAAACGAUUCAGACAAUGAUAUAGUAUCGGAUUUAGCAAUGCUAAAUUCUGAUGACAGCAAUGAAAUGGAUAGCGGUCAAGAAGAUUCCGACAUGGGAAGUGAAAAUGUGGAGGAAGAUACCGAUUCUACCAAAAACAGUAAAAGAAAGCUUAUUUUUGCAAAUAAGAAUCUUCGUAAUGGGGAGGAAAACCAAAAGAAAUUUAAAAAAGCUCAUGAUUCUACAAAGGUCGAAAACAAUGAAAUAACAUCUUCAGAGUCUGGGGAUUCGGAAUCUGAUAUUAAUGAAAAUCGUGAUGAAAUUUGGGAAGAUAUAUAUGGUCGAACAAGAGAUAAAGAUGGUAAUGUUAUAUCUAACAAUGAAACCAAAUAUAUACCACCUGCAAUAAGGUUGAAACAAGAAAAUACUGACAACGACAAAAGCAUAAAGCUGAUGAGACUUCGAAAACAAUUGAAAGGUCUGCUCAAUCGAUUGGCCGAACACAAUAUGCACGCAAUUGCUUCACAAGUUGAUGAAUUAUACAUGUCAAACAGUCGAAAUGAUAUGAAUGAGAUGUUAUCAAAGCUCAUGAUGGAGUCUAUCGUUGCUCAUGUUUUGACGCCAGACAGACUCGUUGCUGAGCAUAUGAUGCUUAUUACAAUACUUCAUGCUAAUGUUGGAACUGAAGUCGGUGCACACUUUUUGCUGACAAUCGUUAAAGAAUUUGAUAAAAUGCUGAAGAUACCGCAAGAAGUGGAUAAUAAGGAAUUAGAUAACGUGAUCUUGAUGAUAGCACAUUUAUAUAAUUUUAAGGUCUAUGGAUCGAAACUUCUUUACCAGAUCUUAGAAAAAAUCUCACAGAAUUUUACAGAGAAGGAAGUUGAGUUAAUACUGCUUAUAUUAAAAACAGUAGGAUUUGCUUUACGAAAGGAUAAUCCUAUUGCCCUGAAAGAAUUGAUCCUAAAGUUACAACAGAAAGCUUGUUCUGCUACUUCGGAUAACUCGAGAGUAAAAUUUAUGUUAGAUGUAUUGCUGGCAAUAAAAAAUAAUAACGUAUCAAAAAUUCCUCAAUACGAUCCAUCACAUAUAGAACACUUAAAGAAGCUUAUGAAAACAUUUGUUCGCAAAGGAAACAGCGUUACGCAGUUUAACAUUGCAUUAAACGAUUUGCUUGAAGUAAACGAAAGAGGCAAAUGGUGGAUAGUUGGAUCUGCGUGGAUAGGCAAUUCAGAGGAUACAAAACCAACAAAAAAUAACGCUAACUUGCAACCGAUGUUCAGCCAAAAGAUAUUAGAGUUAGCCCGUAAACAACGUAUGAAUACUGACAUAAGAAGAAAUAUAUUUUGUGUUUUAAUGACGGCCGAAGACUAUCUUGACGCUUUUGAGAAACUUCAUCAUCUUGGACUGAAAGAUCAGCAGGAAAGAGAAAUUAUCUACGUGAUAAUGGACUGUUGUCUACAAGAAAAAAAAUUUAAUCCGUAUUACGCAGUGUUGGCUCAAAAAUUUUGUGAUUGUGAUAGAAAAUAUCAGAUGACGAUUCAGUACACGUUGUGGGAUAAGUUGAAGACAUUGAAAAGUUAUACAGGGAACCAGUUGACGAAUCUUGCACGAUUUUUGACUCAUCUUUUCAUUGAGAAAGGUCUUCCACUCUCUGUUCUUAAGGUUGUUCAAUUUGGUGAAUUGGAUAAACAUACGCUACGACUGCUGAGACAGAUUGUACUCGGAAUAUUACUUCACAAGAGUGCUGAAGCCUGCGAGAAAGUCUUCGAGAGAAUAGCACUGUCGCCUCAAUUGCAAGCGUUCCGGGAAGGUUUGAGGUUGUUUAUAUCCCAUUUUCUUGUUAAAAAUAUGAAACGCGAUAACAUACCCGAAGAAGAGGUAAGAAAACUUCAAAAGAGAGCAGAAGUCGUUGACAAGAUACUGACAACAAAAGGAUCAAAAUUGAUAUUUUGAUAGUUCAAAGACUUCUUCCAAUCUCAACAUUUUUUUUUUAAUCAAAUACAGUGAGUUAAUUUAUUGUGAUUGUAUGGUUAUGAAUUACAUACAGAAUAUAAUAUGUAUGCGCAACAUACAUAUAUGUGAAUAUAUAUGAGUAUUCUAUGA